AUGGCCGACGCACCGCCUCCUUCGCUAUCCGAGCUCAUGCAGAUGAUAGCUGAGUUACAACAAGCCAACCAGCGGAUGGCCGACGAAAAUCAAAUAAUGGCCGCUCAAAUCGCUGAACUGAACCAUGUUCGGACAGAACACAACGACGCUCAACACCAGCAAACAGAGAAUGAUGAGCAUCAUUCACCCUCCCAUGUCUCAGAGACCAUCCGAGCUGAUGUAAUUCACCCCGAAAAUGAAAAAGAAAGAACCGAUGAUCAUGUGGGACCCUUCACCAAGGAAGUGAUGGACUUCGAGUUGCCGAAGAGAUUCACUCUACCACUAACACUCACACCUUAUGAUGGCCUCGGGGACCCGAAAAAAUUUCUCAAGAAAUUCCAAUCAAUAAUGAUCGUUAACGGUGCAUCCGACACUGUUUUAUGCCGUUGUUUUCCAAAUUAUUUAGACGGUCCUGCACUUGAUUGGUUGUGUGCUUUGCCUGCAGGUUCUGUUUCGCGAUUUCAACAACUAGCCAAGCUGUUCGAAGAGCACUUUGCCGGAUCCGCAAUAUAUCUGCAUGACUCUGACUAUCUGAACACCAUUAAGCAGGGCCAUAAUGAAAGCCUGAAAGACUAUAUGACUCGUUUCACCAAAAUAGCCAUCAGCAUACCUGAUCUCCACCCAGAAGUCCAUUUGCACGCACUCAAAAGCGGCCUCCGACCUGGAAAGUUCCAAGAGACCAUUGCGAUAGCGAAGCCAAAAAUCCUAGCCGAAUUCCGGGAAAAAGCAAAAGGGCAAAUCGAUAUCGAGGAGCUCAGACAAGCUCAGAAAUCUGAUAGAACAACCUACAGAGACGAUGAUAAAACUCCAACUAGUAAGAAAUGUUUCAAACUAACACCUCGAUUUGAUUCUUACACGCAGUUUAACGCUAAACGGGAGGAUAUUAUCAAAGAAAUUCUAAAUUCAAAGCUCAUCAAGCCACCACGAAAGGCCGGCACCUACCAGGACACUAAAAAUGUAGACAAAUCUAAGUAUUGUGCCUUCCACCAGAAGCACGGCCACACAACUGAUGACUGUGUGGUAGCAAAGGAUCUUUUAGAACGUUUAGCUCGGCAGGGCCACCUUGACAAGUACAUCGGCGGCCACAUUCAAAAACGUUCCACAGCCCCGAGGAACGAAGAUUCAUCGGAUCAACAACACCGGGGAAAAGAAAGGACAACGUCAAGUCAAUAUGAAAAACCCCAAGGUAUAAUCAAUUAUAUUUCAGGUGGAUACGCCAGUGGAGGGUCAUCAAGCUCGGCAAGAAAACGAUCGUAUCGAGCUAUAUGCUCGAUAGAUGGGAUCCCCCCUGAACCAACUAUCUCAACACAACUUCCACAAGUGACAUUCACACACGCCGACUUCAAUUCAAGCAUACACAACUUGGAUGACCUUGUACUCAUCACCCUUCAAUUAGGAGAUCUAUUGGUAAAGAAAGUACUUUUGGAUCCAGGAAGCAGCGCAGACGUUCCAUUCUACACAACAUUCCAAAAAAUGAAGCUCAGCAACAACGCACUCCAGCAAACAGGAGGAGACCUCAUCGGAUUCUCGGGCGAACGAGUACCAAUCUUGGGGUCAGUGUGGUUACAAACCACACUGGGUGAGCAUCCUCUUUCCAAAACAUGUGAUAUUCAAUAUUUAGUCGUUGACUGCUUUAGCCCUUACAACCUCAUACUAGGCCGACCUUUUUUGAAUAAGUUCGGCGCUAUUGUAUCUACAGUUCACCUGUGUGUCAAGUUUCCUUCGCAGCAUAACCAGGUUGUAACAAUCCAUGGAGAUCUUAAAGAGGCACGCCAAUGCUACAACAUCUGCAUGAAGCUACCAACCCGCACAUCCCUAAGCGAUGGUGAACUACAAGCCAUCACCAACUUUUUACAAACACAAGCCGACCUCUUCGCAUGGACACCUUCCGACAUGCCUGGCAUUGAUCCUCAGGUAAUCAGCCACAAAUUAGCAAUAAACCCAUCUGCACGACCAGUACAACAGAAGAAGCGAAACCUCGGCGCAGAAAAGAAACAAGCAUCAUUAGAAGAAACCCAAAAGAUAAUCAAUGCAGAGUUCAUCAAAGAAAUCAGAUUCACUACCUGGCUAGCAAAUGUGGUAAUGGUAUGA